GCGGGGGUGUAGGGUGCAAGAAUAAGGCCUUAUGCACAUUAUGUUUCGUGUGGAAUAACAAUACGUUUCGAACGCUGUAUGACGAAGGUACUUGCUCUGUUUAAUUGCCGUUAUUAUCUGAAGUUCGGAUCGAUUGGGCAAAAGGCAGCUAAUUGCAAGUUAAGUAUUUGUUGUAUUAGCAUUAUGGUUUCAAAUAAAGUGGUAAGCAAGAAAUGGAUUAGCGAAGAGACAUCGGAUGAAGAAGAUUUGUUUAAUCACUGUAAGGAAAUGGAGUUGGUUUGCUAUGCUAUUACUAAAGUAAUAUUAGAUGCGGAUAAUAAAUGGAAAGGCAUUACUGGGAAGAAUACCAGCCCUUCUUUAUCUAACAGAAAAUAUAUUAUGGAAUUGGUCAAUAUUCAGGUUUUAGAUCAAAUCAUAGAAUAUUUAGCAAAAUUAGUGAAGUCAUAUUACAAAUUAAAUCCUAAAUUAGCAAGGUUAAAAAAAGACAACGGUUUGCUUGAAAGCAAACACGACCAUAUUUUUGAUAAAAUGUGCAGCAGUAGGUUUAUAAUGCUACAAACAAUUCGAGGUCUUAUAACGACAAUAUUAAACACGUGCCUUCAUAGGGAAGAUUCUAGAAAAAUGAUUGAAUCUUGUUUGAGUUUAGUUACAACGUAUAAUUAUCUGCUUGGCCUGAGUUAUAAAAGAUUUACAACCAAAUUCAACAUUGGAAGUAACACAUAUCCCAACACAGUCAGUGAAACGAAGCCCUUUACAUUGACCAAAGUUGUUCAGAUAUUAUCAAAAAGUCGUGUUGAAAUAAACUGUCAGCGGCUUAUUAAUUGCUUGGUAAAAGUUUACAAGCCUGAAGAUAUUUCCGACAAUGAUUCAACGACGAGCACGGCAGAGAGUUUAGAAAUAUAUCACACUUUAACAAAACACAUUACUCCACCAACGUCGUCCGGUCCUCGAGAUUUGACCGAUAAACGUCGAGAAGCAUUCAUAGAGAACAAAAAAGCCAAAAUGAAACACGCUCAAAGCCUCGUCGAAAUAAAAAAUGAGCAAAACAAAAUGUUAAGUGAUAUCAUCGGCGGACAAAACUCUGAUAGUGAAGUGCCUUAUACGUCGUUGUUAGCAAAUGAAUUCACUCUGGAAAACAUUUUUACUAACGAAGAUAAUGUUAAUAGUAUUUUACAAAGUGAAGAAAUGUACAUAGAGAUACUGUUGGAUACGGUGGCAAAUAUGUGUCCAAUGUUGUUGGGAAAUAGCGGUGUAAAAAAACUGAAAACUGGUCGACUACAAGCGAGCAAAAAAGCGGCACAUAAAGUGACUGAAUACUACCAGAAUAUACUUUGGGGGGACGUCGGAAGUUGUCUAGAACAUAUAGUAUUGUGGUGGUCGUCGUGUCCAUUAGCGAUACGAUCGCCAAAUACAUGUCAAAAUCUUCGAGAAUGGUUAUUUAGCACAUUUAAUGUAAAUAAUACUCCAGAUUUAAUAUUAUCGGCAUUAAGAAUAUUGGCAGAUGCCUUAGGUUGUCAUGUUACUUCUUCGUCUUGGGAUAGGCAUUUUGGUGCUACAUUAACAACAAAUCUAAAACCAACUGCGCUCAAACUGUAUCCCGGUUUGUCUCUUUACAUUUCAGAGAGUACAGAAUCUGGAGCAAACUUCGCCUUAAUGCUUCAGGAGCUAGUCACUUUAAACAAUCAGUGCGAAGUGACAUGGGAAUACAUUUUAGGUGCCCCGAUAGAAGAUUUACCAAUUGUAGAACAAAUACCUAUAUUACACAGACUUGAUCACUCAAUCCACACGUACAGGCUAUGGUGCUUGGCUGAAACGCGUCGGCUGGCCAACGUGUGGGAGAUGGAUGACUUCUUCCGCAUCGCACACAAUGACAUGCAGGCUUGUAUGGAGCAAUUGAUCAAUUUAAGAUUUGCUGAUCAUACUACCACUAUAGAAUCAGGUAAAAUCGGUGUCCAUGAAAAUGUUUGCGCAAAAAUGAGGGAGAAAUUAGUGUCGGAGGUCAAAGUUAACAUACAAAAAUUAAAGGAGGCAACGGAAGAAAUCACCAUAGUUUUGGCUUCGGUUUGUGCUACAACCAGUCUGGCGCAUCUCACAAUGAUCUUCCCCACCAACGCUGAAUGGCGAAGAGUGACUAGACCUCAACCAUCGCAUUCUAUUUACGUACACGAGUUUUUAGAUAAAAUGCUGUUACCUGUAAUUAAAGCCACACAGGAUGUGAUUACAUUAAACAUGGUGCUUAGAAUUAUGUGCGAAUCAUGGUUACAUCAUAUUUACGUCGCUAAAGUUAAAUUUAGCAAGGAGGCAGCACUUCAACUAUUAGCUGAUUUCAACGAGGUACGGAAUUGGUUAAACGACAACAUACUUAUUGCAACAGCCGCUAGAAAGCAAAUGCUACAAAACGAAGUGUUAAGGAGAUGCGAAGGUGUUGGCAGACUGCUGCUACAUGCGCCUGGCGAUCUUAUCUCGAUGCAAGACUCCACCAUGCAAUCAGCUCAGCAUCUACGUAAAGACGAUAACGAUAAUACAGAACAACUGAUGCCUGCCGAGAUGUACGUACCCAAUCAGAAACAGUGGCUCACGUUACGAGCCAAGAAACUAAAAGGACCUGUCGGUUUCACACUUUGCUGUAUUGUAUUAAUAUGACAUGAUAGUUGUAAUAAAUAAACAGUGUAAAAUUCAUCACUU